AAUCUGAACAUGUUUCCACAGUGAUGGGUGUAUGCAAAAUGAUAAAGAUAACUGCAGCUUUACACCUGACCUGACACCUGAUAGUAAUACCAAUGUUACCUCUUCUCUUCUCUCUGUGCCUUUCCUCAAAACAGUGAUAAAUUUUUGUAAUUCUACUGAUCAUGACACUACAGUGCCCACCAAGCAUAACCUACUAUGUGAUAAACAUAGCAUUCAAGAAGUUAUUGAUCAACAUGACGAUAUGAAAACAAUCCCGGGGAACACUUUGAUGAACACGAACUUUUCAGUGGUAAUGGCACCUCCUCCUGGGGAUACAAUUGUCUUCGUGCUGGACUACAGUAUCAUCAUGCAGAACGUGAGUAUCAUGGGAUAGGAAGGAAGGAAUAAAACUGAAGUGGGGAAAGGAAGAGGGAAAGGAAACAGAAAAAUGAGUACAGUAGGGCCCCACUUAUACAGCAGGUUAGGUUCCAGGCUACAGCCAGAAAGGAGAAUGACAUUUUUUCCACCUAUAAAUGAAUGCAUAUAAAUGUUAGAUAACAAUGUUAUACUAACAUAUAUUAAGUAGCAAUCGAACUAGGCA